AGAAUGUUAUUGAGAAAGUUAGAAAUGUUAGAUAAGUAGCCGCGGAAAUGAAUGAGAAACUUUUGAUAUACAUUGGAUUAUUUGCUUGGAUGAUUGCUGUCCUUAGCGCAGAUAGAGGUGAGUGGAAUGCAUUUGGAAGUUACCAAUACUACGUAUCUGGAAAAGAUGAUAUAAAACCAUAUGCUGAUGGUGAAAAAUUCUGUGAGGACAAUAGUGGGGAGAUGGCAAUGAUAAAAUCGAGCGAGAUUCAAACGUUUAUUCAGAAUCAAGUCUCGGCUACCUCGGGAACACCAUAUGGAUUUUAUAUUGGCUCAAAGGAAGUUGGUACAAGUAAUACCUUCAUAUGGAAUGACAAAUCAGAACUAACCUACGAUAACUGGAACGCAGGAGAACCUACUAGUAAUUCAACUGAACCUUGUGUUGUUAUGGGGUGGUUACUCAAGUAUUAUGCAAAUCUACCGUGGUAUGACGUCGAUUGCGCUGCUAAUUCGGCCACUGGAUUUGUCUGUCAACGAUUAAUCGGCUGGAAUUGGGGAUCAUGGGAGUCUUGGGGAAGUUGUGAAUGCCCGGGAAUAAGACAGCGUAACCGAACUUGUGUUGACAGCGGAAUAACUGGUCCAUACUCAUGCAAUGAUACGUCAACACAAUCGGAAAUAUGCGCGCCAUCCGUUUCCUGCAAUGCAACUAUGCCUUUGAUUCCACUAGGUCGAGGAAACUGGUUUCCUAAUGGAAGUUAUGAAUAUUACGUUUCACCGGGUGGUAUUUCAAGAUCUUAUGAAGUUUCAAAAACAUUUUGCAAAGAGAGAGAGGGCGAAUUAGCAUUAAUAAAGAAUGAAAUGACUCAAGGAUUUAUAAAAACACUCGUUUCUGAUGGAUCAGGAGAACCAUACACAUUCUACAUUGGACUUGUUUAUGACAAAUCAAAGUUGAUGUUUCAAUGGAACGACGGAACAAACCUUUCAUUCCCUAUUUGGGAUGAAGGAGAACCAAAUAAUCAUAUCAGUGGAACAGAGACCUGCGUAUCGAUAGGUGAAAGAACAGUUUAUGACGCAAAUCUUCUAUGGCAUACGGUGGACUGUAUCACGGGAGCAACAGGGUCAAAAGGAUUGGUGUGUCAACGACGUAUAGGUAAAUACUGGGAAACCUGGUCUUCUUGGAGUGAAUGUAACUGCUCAACCAUAAUCAAAAUGAGAAAACGAACAUGCAUUAAUUCUCCGCGAACAGGGCCCGAUGCGUGCGUUGGCAGCCACAAUGAGACUGCAAAUUGUACAAAAGACCCAACUUGUUAUACGACUACUGUUGCGGAAACAACAUUACCAUUAACUUCAACUGCUGGUAAGUUAACCACCGACGUAAUGACUAUCAUGACUACUGGUUCUACAGAGGAAAAUAAUGUUGUGACAAAUGCAACCUCUAACUUGCAAGGCACUUCUUCUUCACUCGCAGAAACCGAACAAGACCAAAUGACGACAGUGACCUACCAACUCACAUCUGAAACUAAAAUUAACAGCACUGAAGAAACGGGCAUAAAUUUAACCCAGUCAACUAUUCAUCUCCCCGAACCAAUGACAACCACAGGGGUGGACAGCCACGUUGUUAAUACAGAAAGCACGACGAUUACAGGGCCGUCCCCCAUGUCCCUCGCACAGACAAAUGAGAGUAAAACGACGAUGGAAAAUAAAAUGACAACUUCUGAUAGCGGUGGAAUAACAAGUAGCUUAUUGAACACCACUAUCCCUACAAGUACAAUGAUACAAUCAACAAACGAAACUAGCCAAGGAAGUAAUUUCGAAGUGACAUCGCCAAUUUUGUCUACGGCAACAACGGUAAUGGAAACAACGACAGGAAAAAUAACUCAAUCUAUUUCCACUCCCACAAAAACUGAUUCCACGUCUACUGUCGCCACUACGAGUCCAGAAUCUAGCAGCAAUCAACACGCAACUUCAAUUAGUGUUACAACCGCAACGACGACAGAACAUAAAAGCACGGCCACAAUGAAACAAACAGAGACGCAAAAGAGUGCUACUUUUGAAUCGAGAACUGAAGACGAAACGUCGAAAAUUCCUGACAGUUCGACGAUUGGUAUUCUUCGUCCAUCUACACCCGCUGCACAAACAUCAAUCAUUGGACCAGUGGUGGGAACUAUCGGAGGGAUUCUUCUUUUAGCGCUUAUCGUUGUUUUUAUACUUUCAAAGCAACUCAAAAAAAGAAGAGGUAGUGGAACCAUAAACAAGGGUGGGCGUGGCAAUUACAAUGAGGGGUUAGAAAUGGAAGAACAACUUAAUCCGAGAGAUAUAAUGUCAGAGCAUCCCGAAGAUGUGGAAUCAGGUCGAGACAAUUCUGAAAAAACGGAAACUCUUCGUUAUCAGACGUUUUCGAACCCUGCUGGAAAUUCAGACAAUAAUUCUCUCUUACCCAAAGAUCAAGUUGACUCGUCAAACGGGCAAGAUUCACCCUACGCCGUUGUCGAUAACCAUCAGAAUCAGAUAAACGAUGUGACCACAGAAGGCAACGACAAUGCAAUGUAUACUGCUGUGAACAAGACAAAAUCGAAAAAGUUAACCGAAUCCUCAAAUGUUUCGGAUGCGGUGGAUGUAACAGAACCCCAAUAUGCUGUUGUUGAUAAGCAAAAAAAAGGCGAAAUAAUUAAUGUUUCUGCUAACCCUGACGAGAACUCCCCUGUAGCUUAUGCAACGGUUCAAAAAACCAAUGUUGAGGAUUCUGUCAAAAUGUCAAAAUCAGAAAAUCCCUCUGAUGAAAACCAAGAGUCUGGUCCGACUUACGCUACCGUGGAGAAAUCGAAAUUAAAAGGCCCUGUGAAACAGGAAACACCUUUAGAUGGAAACGACAAACACGACAAUAAUGUGACAUACGCUGUUGUACAGAAACCCAAAAAAGAUGAUUCUUCAAACGUCAUUGAAGUAACUUACGCAACGGUCAAUAAACCUAAAACAGAUCAGAGUUCCGAUGUCAAGGGACGUGCUGAAGGGGCUGACAUUGAACUAAAUGACGACCCAUAUGCAAUGAUUGACAAGGGUAAAUAAGGAUGGAGAAGUUAAACAAAACUACAAUCGAUAUUACGCGUUUGCUAGAUUAGCAGCAAAAAAAGCAGGUUCAGACUGAUUGAUAAACCUACUAAUGCCUAAAUUAGAGCCAUGUUGCUGCUAGAAGUAAUUGUUGAUCAUCUAAUGUGUUAUACAUCGGGCUGUUUCUGAACUGUUCCUGCUUUGUUUUUUGAAAUGUGUUUUCUGGUCGCAAUUACCUUUACAAUUGUACUUUUGAAGCUUGUUUUGAAUUGAUUGAAUUAUUUAAAUUAAAUGUUCAACAACUCUGCCCCGGCGUUGAGGAGGAAUUUAAAAAUGAAAACUGGCAAAAAAGUUAACAUAUCACCAAUAUAUAUACGUUUAAAUUCACAAUUAAAUUUAAUUUAACUGACUUUGUAAGUUGAUUAUGAAUUUAAACAAUUUAAUUCAGACUGCUUUACCAGAGCGUUAUUUUCAUUGAAGGUGUGAACAAAACAAAAAUGUCAGGAUACCCUCAUCCAAUGAAACAAACAAGCAGCAAUACAGAUUUUCAAUCCAAAUGAAUAGAAAGUAUCGUGUUGCUUUCACUUUAUGCAUUACAUGGUUAAAGAUUACAUGGUUAACUAUUCCUAAAUCGGACCCGGAUCGGUUACUAGACAAAAGGCUGUCGUUGUUCAAAUCUUUACCAAACUAUAUCUUUUUUGAUGCCAUGAUAUCAGCAUGUACUGGGAACAGUAUCAAUUUGUCCGGUUAUCUGAAAGUUUUUUCAAGUUAUUUUUACCUGCACUUUUUGACUAUUCUUUAGUUUUCGAAAGUGUUGCGCUGUUCUACGUUAUAUAUACAAUAUAUUCAUUCAUACAUUGACAACAGAAUUUGAUAAUGAUCCAUAAUAUUUCAUGAAUGAAGUUGAAUCCGUACUUCUCAACUAUGGAUACCAUUCUCUUUUUUCGACAUGAUAAAGAUGUUUCAUUCCAAGAUAUAAAAAUUUCAUGCCAUGUUUGCCUAUAUUAAUCUCUAAUAUUAUAGUUUCUGUAACUGUACUGAUACUUUCUUAUUUAGUAAUGUAAAUACUCCUAUACUCCUAUACUCUAUGUAUUUAUGCACAAAUACUAUCAAUUUUUUUUUUUUUUUGGAUCGAUUGCUAUUUUUCAUCAAAUUAGCCUUUUUCGUUUCGUCUAUUAAAAUUCGUAAUAACGGUAUGAAAUAUGCAAAAUUGAAUUUCACCUACUUUUAGUGGUAUAGCUAACAAUUGUGUUGACUUUUAUUCAAAUAUAUAUAUGCAAUAAACUUGGAUAAAGAAAUUUUUAAAAUGUGUUUUAACUAAUAUUUAUUAGUUACAUCUCAAGUAUCGUAUGUUGAGAUGUACUUCUAUUUUUUAUACCUGUAUAUUGUUGUUGCUAUUAUUAUGUGCAACAUAAGCAGGAUAUUGCGUAUACUUUUGGCCCUAAUUUUAUUUUAUUUGAAUCGAGCAUUAUAUUAAACGCAUUUCCCAAAUAAUAUACUAGAUUACCUGCCACAUAAAUAAGCGCUAUCCAAUGUAAAUUCAUAUGAAUUUUAACCAAACUUCCUGACUUGGAGGUCACAUGCAAAUAUUUGUUUAAAAUUUUGCUUCCUAAUCAGGGUCAAGUUCAAGAACUGUUAAGCUUAACCACAAUUUAUGAAAUAGACAAAAAAGUAAACUAAGUUCGAUCGUACAAUUUUAUAUAGUUGUAUUCAACCAAACGGAACCUAUGUGGAAAAACAUACGAUACGCUUCAAAGAGGGCUUAUGUCCACCAAUACAUGUGAUUAUUAUGGUGUUACAUAGGCCAGAACA